UUCCCGCGUGAUUCAGCGCAGGGCGGCGAUUGGCUGAGUCGCUGAGCGGGGCUGGAGGCGGGACCACUUUGGUGCGGUUGCCGUGGUGACCGGACGGCCGUUUCCGGAAAUGGGAGGGCGCCGGGGAGUACCCAGGGAGCGCCGGCGGCCGGCAGGAGCGGGCCCGGGAUGUCGGCCGGGGUCCCGGAGGGGUGUGCUCACAGCGUCUGUAUGGUGUCGGACUUCUUCUACCCCAACAUGGGGGGCGUGGAGAGCCAUGUGUACCAGCUGUCUCAGUGCCUCAUCGAGCGGGGCCACAAGGUCCUGGUGGUCACCCACGCCUAUGGCCAGCGGAAGGGCAUUCGCUACCUCACUAAUGGGCUGAAAGUCUAUUACUUGCCCCUUAAGGUCAUGUACAACCAGUCCACCGCGACAACGCUCUUCCAUAGCUUGCCCUUGCUCAGGUACAUAUUUGUGAGGGAGAGGGUCACCAUUGUCCAUGCCCACAGCUCCUUCUCUGCCAUGGCCCAUGAUGCCCUCUUCCAUGCCAAGACCAUGGGGCUGCGAACAGUGUUCACAGACCAUUCCCUUUUUGGGUUUGCGGAUGUCAGCUCGGUGCUUACCAACAAACUUCUGACGGUGUCCCUGUGCGAUACCAACCACAUCAUCUGUGUCUCCUACACGAGUAAGGAAAAUACGGUGCUGCGAGCAGCUCUGGACCCUCGGAUAGUCUCUGUCAUUCCCAAUGCUGUCGAUCCCACCGACUUCACUCCAGACCUGUCAAGGAGGGAUAAUGCUACAAUAACAAUUGUGGUUGUCAGCAGACUUGUAUACAGAAAAGGUAUAGAUUUGCUUAGUGGUAUAAUUCCUGAGCUCUGUCAGAAAUAUCCAGAAUUACAUUUCUUAGUUGGAGGAGAAGGACCAAAGCGAAUCAUACUGGAAGAAGUCCGGGAAAGAUACCAGCUGCAUGACAGGGUGCGUCUCCUAGGAGCCUUGGAACACCAGGAUGUUAGAAAUGUCCUAGUCCAGGGACACAUUUUUCUCAACACUUCCCUCACAGAGGCCUUUUGUAUGGCAAUUGUGGAAGCAGCAAGCUGUGGUUUACAGGUUGUGAGUACAAGAGUUGGCGGGAUUCCUGAGGUGCUUCCAGAAGAUCUCAUUAUUCUGUGUGAACCCUCUGUGAAAUCUCUGUGCCAUGGAUUAGAAAAAGCUAUUGCCCAGCUUAGAGCAGGAACACUACCGUCUCCAGAAACGGUUCAUAAUAAAGUAAAGACGUUUUAUACAUGGAGGAAUAUAGCAGAGAGAACUGAGAAAGUGUAUGACAGGGUUGCAGAUGAAGUGGUUUUACCAAUGGAUGAGCGACUUAACAGACUUAUGUCUCACUGUGGCCCAGUGACUGGGUAUAUUUUUGCUCUUUUUGCUGUUUUGAACUUCCUUUUCUUGGCAUUUCUGAGGUGGAUGACUCCAGACUCCAUAAUUGAUGUUGCAAUAGAUGCCACAGGACCUAAAAGUGCAUGGACUAAACAGUAUUUUUUGGGGAAAAAAAGAAAGCGUUAAAGAAGAUCUAAGCUCCUGAAGUGCUGAAAUUGAGAGGAAAGGAUGCAUCAGUCACUAAAGGUUUUAAUGCUUGCUGACAGAGACAUUACUCUUAAAAUUCUUCAGUUUCUUUCUGAAGGCCUUGGAAAGAAACAUGAUUAAAUGUACUACCUCAAUUUAGGAUGAUGUUUUAAUUUAGUUUUGGAUGCAUGCAAAUUUAUGGACAUCUCUUUUGCACUUAAAAUUGGAAGAACAUGGGGUUUUAUAUGAUUCAAAAGCCUUUGAGACAAAAGUACAAAAUUUUUUCAACAACUUGAGUAUUACAGAAAGUGACUGUACACUUUACUGGUAUUUGAAAAAGCAAAACACAAAAAUUACUAGCUUACAAUAGUUUCUGCUAAUUCCUCGGAUUAACUGUGAUUUCUAUUCUGAGACUUACUAAAAAUUUUUUAAUUGGAAACCCAAGAAAACAUACCUUUUUUCUCCUAAGAUGAAAAUGGUACUUGAAAUAAGUCAUUAAAGCCAUUAUCAUGAGAAUGUCGGAGACUUAUUUCUAGUUGUGUCCCAGUGACAGUGUUUUGCCUGCAUAGCAUUAUUAUUUUAAAGUUCUUCCCUAGUCAAAUUGGAUCAUCCUGUUGCUAGAUCAAAACUCCAUAAAGAUUUUUUUUUUUAUGUUUUCAGAGGUGCUAAAUUUGUCCUGUUAACUUACAUGUGUGAAAGUGAUGUAAAGCUGAUGGUGUUCGUGUCUUGGUUGGUUGGUUGGUUGUUUUCCAUUUUUAGAUUACAUAGGUAUAGGAAUUCUAUUCUUUAGAGGUAACACAGCCUUCAGAAACAGCUCAGGCCUGAAAACUCCUCCAGCAGACUAUGCCAAAGUGUGAGGUAAUGUGUGUGCACACACACGAGAGAGAAAUCUGUGAAGGGCUUAACAAGCACUGUCAUGCUUUCUUGCUCUCUCUUUUUCCCCUCCCACACCUUCUUAGUUUUCUUUUCCUAGUUGUUUUUCUUUUUUCUUUCUCCUUACAUAUGACCAAAAUGGCAUUUCAGUCCAUCUCUGGGAGGGACAGUGUUCAGUGUGUGUGAUUUCUCCUAGCCCACAUCAGAGACACUGGAUAGGUUCUGCAAGUGAAAUCUUGGAAAGGUAUCUCUUAAAUGGAAAUAACCAAUAGGUAUGCUUUCCAGAGUGGGGGAAAAAAGGGAAAAAAAAAAUAAAAAUCCAGAAGGUCUGGCUUCUCGCAUGUUAGCACUCUUAUGUAAUGUGUACCUGGGACAAUAAGACAGCACAGCACAUCAGUUUGUGAGAGGGGGCAUUUAUCUCAUUUAUGUCAACGACCUCUAACACUUCCCCCUGAUGCACUGGGUUAAUUUCUUAUUCAAGCAUCACCGAAGACUAAAAAUCUCAUGAUUUUUAUGUCUCUGAGUAUUAUGUGUUGUUGGACACUGUAUUAAUAUUAAAACUGUGCAAUAUGAAAGUACUGUUUCCAAACCCUUGAAGGGCAGUAUUUAAGACACAGCUUCUGUCAAUAUUGUUUGUGUAGAUACAUAGUUACACUAACAUUUUAUAAUUCCAUUGAACAUAUUUUCAUGAAACACAGAAAAGUAAUAUGAGAGAAACUCCAUACAGAGUCUGUUUUCUUUUGCUAGAUUUUUUUAGACUUUGAUAUGUAUCAUACAGUAUGCAUUGUUAUUACAGUUUCAAUUUUACAUACUACCUUAAAGGUAGAUGUCAGCUAAAAUGGUGCCACACAUACUGUGGAUAAACGGGUGGAAUUAAGGUAAUUUACUUUUCAAAGUAAUUCC